AUGGCCUUGAUGGGAAAUAAGACAUUCAUCUCUCACUUCAUCCUCCUGGGACUCUUCACCCACUCACCCCUGCACCUCCUCCUCUUCUCCAUCAUCAUGGUCAUGUUUCUGGUGGCUCUCUCUGGCAAUGGGCUCAUGAUCCUCCUCAUCAACAUUGACUCUCGCCUGCACAUCCCCAUGUACUUCUUCCUCAGCUGGCUGUCACUCAUGGACCUCAUGCUCAUCUCCACCAUUGUGCCACGGAUGGCCAUUGACUUCCUUCUGGGCAGUGGCUCCAUCUCCUUCACAGGUUGUGGCCUCCAGAUCCUGUUCUUUGUCACCCUUCUUGGGGAUGAGUGCUUCCUGCUGGCUUUCAUGGCCUAUGAUCGCUAUGUGGCCAUCAGCAACCCACUGAGGUACUCAGUGGUCAUGAGCCGCCGUGUCUGCUGGCUCAUGGUGGCGUGGUCUUGGCUCUUUGGCCUGGUGGAUGGGUUGAUUCAGGCCAUCUAUACCCUGAGCCUUCCCUACUGUGGAUCCCAGGAAAUUGAUCACUUCUUCUGUGAUAUCCCUGCAGUUCUUAAGCUGGCCUGUGCUGACACUUCCUUCUAUGAGACUAUGAUCUAUGUGUGCUGUGUACUCAUGCUGCUCCUGCCCUUCUCUGUCAUCUCUGUCUCCUACCUGCUGAUCCUGGUGACUGUGUUCCACAUGCGCUCUGCUGAAGGUCGGAAGAAGGCCUUUGCUACAUGCUCCUCCCACAUGGCUGUAGUGUCUCUCUUCUAUGGGGCUGCCAUGUUUGCCUACAUGCAGCCCCAGACCUAUCACUCCUCCAAACAAGACAAAGUGGUCUCUGCCUUUUAUACCAUGAUCACUCCUAUGCUCAACCCACUUAUCUAUAGCCUGAGAAAUAAGGAAGUUUCUGGUGCUCUCAGGAAAUUCCUGAGGAAUUGUUUAUGUGGUGGGGGACAGGGCUAG